GCUAUGGAGGAAGUACCUACCCCAGGACCAAGUUAACAACUUUAUUUCAACUUCUACAAAUUCCAUCCUUAACCAUAAUCCACAGUUUUCAAAGUUUGAAGCAAUAUCUAACUGCAUGCUACAUAUGUAUCUUCCGACGUACGAGCAUCUGCACCAGUCAAUUGAAGUGAUAUUUUCAUCUUAUCGUUUAACAAUAUAGCUAUAAAUCUACCAAAAGCUAACCCCACCCAAUCGCCAUCUUCGAAUCAAGUAUUUACAUUAUCAUGGCGGGAAGAGGAACUAAAAGGAAGGCCGAUCUCCGAGACGAGCCUGAUAAUCUACUACUCAAGAAUAACGAUGCCAAGAGGUCAAAGGCUAGGAAGAGGCUAUCGCGUCUUGAGGAGUACGAUGAAGAUGAAGGCCGAGAGAGCAGCCGAAAUUUCCAGCGAUGGGCUGAGAUUUUCGAAAGCAAUACCAAAGGUGAAGUCGCGAAGUCCAAGGCUUUUGUGAAGAACUUUGAAGCGAAGGUCAACAAGCAGAAGGAUAAGAUGCGAGACUAUAUCCAAGAGCAAGAGAAAAAGCUUAUUGGAGGCAAGGAUCAAUUCGCAGGAGUCUUCGAGAGACUCUGUUCCGCGGCGGUGCCAUUUUUUAGUACGCCAAAAGCGUCGGGCGAUAAGGGACGUGGUGCCGGAAAGGAGAAUCAUGUCUUGUUCAACGACGCCCAAUCUAUUAUUUCGGGCGGCUAUGCGCUACUAAAUCAAUUCAGGGAAGCAGAUGAACGACUCAAAAAACACAAGAUCGAGUUCCCAACCGCGAAAUGGAAGCAGGACACUCAAGAUAUGAAAGAACUCCUCGCCUGCGGUCGUAAGCACGGAGUAAAGUUAGUAGAAGAGAAACUUGAUCCAAAGGCCUACCCCUCACCGGAGCCCGAUACUUACAAGGCGGGUGAGAAGGACGAUUUAGUCUCGGAGCUUUUCAAGAACAGUCGCAAAAUAUCUCUUGAUGAUAAUUGGGGUGAUGUUGCCGCGGAACAGAUGAGGAAGAUUACCGAUCUCAUCAAGACUGUUCCAGUGAAGUCGGAGCGAGCAAAGAAGAGGGUCUAGAGGGAGCAGGGAGAAGACAUGGAGUUUGAAUGGGUGGUAGAUGUAGGUGUUAUGAUGGGUUUAUUUCAUGGAUUGCUAUUAGCUUCGGAUGAUAGAGUUUAGAAGGAUGAAUGUGUACAGAAUAAGUCGCUAUAGAUGCAUGCCCAUAUUAAAUAUGAGGACAGUAGCUGUAAUGAGAACCUUGGAAGGGAUUCAAAUGGAAUAAACCAUUGUUACGAAUGUACCUAC